AUGGCCAUCAAUAAUGCUUUCCUCCAACCCACUUUCCGAGGACAGAAGCGUGCAACGAUGCCUCAGGAAAGUGAGAUAGACGCGAAGGAUGACCCAACAGAUAAGCACGACUCAUCGGGUGGAAGGCCCAAAAUGACGAGCACGACUCGUUAUCUGGUUCUACCUUCAACGGUGGAACCAACGGAGACAGACUCUCAAGAUGACUCUGACUCAUCUAAUUAUGUUUUUAAGGACAUAGUGGAGAUGCUUAUGAGCGAUGACAUAGAACAGAAGGCAAGUAUGUUCGUCGACUCUUCGGCUCUCCAAGAUGUCGAGGAAUCAUUGUAUGAAGUUCUGGGUACAAAGUAUCCUCCUUCACCGAACCAACACACAAUUUGCUACCCAGGUAAAUUUUCUUGUAAUUACAAUUGCAAUAAUUGUAAUACUAUGUGUGACAAGGUAUUGUUGUCCACUUCAACAAUGCCUCGCUUGGGUGGGAGCUUUGAUGGGGUGACACACUCUUCUGUAAGUAUACUUCUUUCCAGCAAUUCUCACCAUUCUAUUGGAGAGCCCAUGACAGUAGAGUUUAGAAGUGGUGUAGAGGAAGUUAAAAAAUCCUUCCCUUGUCAAAAUCUUUCAAUCAUCGAUUUCGAAAACAAUGAGUUGCCUCCAAUGUCAAUGGAUGACACUCCAGAGAAUGAGGUUGAGAAGAAUGAGAGGGAUUUUCUAUUUAAUGGUGUAGGGGGAAAGAAAGAUAUUCGUAGAAAGGAUGGUGAUCAUAUGGAAGAAGGAAGGGGUGGCAAGCAGUUAACAAUUUGUGAUACGGAAGAGGAUGACUUGUCAGAGACAUUUGAUAUGCUUUUUCUCUGUCUUGACGAGCAUGAGAAGCAUGUUAUGCGUACUUCUAAUGAAGUUUCACAAAAUGGAGCAAACAAGUUAUCGGUGGAGAAAGGGGAAAUAAGCAUAUUUAAUGCCAAGAAUAGUCAAACAAAGAAAACGCAAAAUAAAGAAGUAGCGAACUUGCGAAAACUCCUUAUUCUUUGUGCACGAGCUAUCGCCAUUAACGAUAUCGUAACUGAAAAUGAACUGCUAAAGAAGAUUAGGCAACAUUCUUCUCCUUUUGGCUGUGCGUCUCAAAGAAUUGCCCACUAUUUUGCCAAUGGUCUUGAAGCACGCAUGAUUGGAAGUGGAUCUCAAAUUUAUGCUGCGUUGUCUUCCAAGAAGCCAUCAGUUAAUCUUUCUGAUACGUUGAAAGCUUACGAAACCAUUAUGUUGGCAUGUCCAUUCAAGAGGAUCAACUUUGAUUUUGCGAGCAAAAACAUUUUAAAUUUAGUUGAGAAUACAAGGACACUACAUAUUAUAGAUUUUGGUAUUUUAUAUGGAUUUCAAUGGCCUGCAUUUAUUGAAGAUCUCUCAACUAGAUUCAGUAAGCCUCCUAAGCUUCGCAUCACAGGAAUAGAGUUCCCUCAGUCUGGUUUUCGGCCAAAAAAAUUAGUUGAGGACACUGGGCAUCGUUUGGCAAAAUAUUGUGAGCAAUUUAAUGUUCCAUUUGAGUAUAAUGCUAUAGCAAAGAAAUGGGAAACUAUCAAAAUUGAAGACAUCAAAAUUAGGAGAAAUGAUGUGAUUGUUGUUAAUUCGCAAUACUGA